UCCCACCUUUGACUUCAGCCUCUACUCCGCCUGCACCAUCCCAUCCGUCUUCCAGCAGGAGCACGGCCGCGGCGUCUCUUUCGCCCUCCUCUGCCGUUGGUCAUUACGGAAACACACUGAUGCCCUCCUCGUCGCUGGGCUCGGCCCGUCAGCGGCGGCACCCUAAUGACUCCGUGAAACCAGUUCAGACACGUCUAAAUUCGGUGCAAAGAUAACGACGGAGUCUAAUGGCUUUGUGUGAGCCGCAGAGGAUAAGAUACGCACAUCGGUUAGAAGGUUCUCCUGGCUUCACGCCCCGAGUCAUUUCACAUGAAACAGUGAGGUUAGAGUGCCGACCACUUUAACAGGAGGGUGCUCGGAUAGUGUGACGGCCGGAGCUAUUUUUAUUCUCGGCCCUGCGGUUGAUGGAUAGUAAAUGGGUGAAUUAGCGCAAAGCAAAUGGGUCACUACAGUAAGUGUUUUAAGUGUUGGCUUCCAUACAAACAGUCACGGAUCCCCAGUGUUUGUCUGGGUAACUUUGAUUAGGACUAUUUAAAUGUUAUUUCUUCUCAAAAUCCACAGACGUGUAUUAAUUCUAAUGUUCCUGAUCACUUCAGUUUUAUGUAAUCUUUUUUCGUUCUGAAAAAACAUCUUGUGUAGCAGUAGCAGCCUUUCCACUCUUUCCAUCGGGACCAUUUACCAACCAAAGCAUCGCUUUGUAGUUCUCACAGAGCCCCGAGCUUGAAGUAAUAUUAUGACAUAAAAUGCCAUAAAAUGUUCUGUAGCUGUAUGCGGCUACGAAAUAGAAUAACAUACCUUUUAAAAAGUCCUUUAUCACUGCCACUGUCCUGCACCAUAACUGGAAUUGAUACGGGGCUCCUUCACGGCUGAUAUAUUCCUGAGCUUUGAAAAAAGAUAACGCUUUCCCUCGAAUAAAAGACUGCAUGUUGCAGAUUGUGACAGUUGUAGAGUCUCUGCGUUUGGGUCCACGGCCCUGUGCUUUCAGUCGGGAUUACAGCCGUCUGCUUCCCCCACCUGCCUACAAAGCAGACGGAUCUAACUGGUUUGGACAUUCUGACAGAUACACAGCGGUGGCCAUGCCGAUGCUCUACAACACCAGAUACAGCUCCAGGAGGAGGGUGGCGGUGAUGAUUUCUGCCGUGUGGUUUCUCUCUUUUGCCAUCUCCUGCCCUUUGCUGUUUGGACUCAACAACACCGCCAGCCGGGACGGCACCACGUGCAGCUUCGCCGAUCCGGCCUUCGUGGUGUACUCGUCUGUGGCGUCCUUCUACGUGCCCUUCAUCGUCACUUUGCUGGUGUAUGCGCAGAUCUGCGUGGUGCUGCGCAAGAGGGGCAGGCGCACCGGCCCCCCGCGAGGACACGGCCUGCACGCGCAGGGCGCCGGCGAGCCGGGAGAAGGUCACCGACACAGGAAGAGCAAGUGUACACAACCAGAGGAUGUGAAGUUGUGCACCCUGAUCCUGAGGCCCGCCACCGCUGGCCCGCAACGCAAAAAAGUGCGUCCACUCCUCUGUUGGUCCCCCAACACCGACCUCCGUCCCCACCCUCCUCCCUCUCUCUUUGUGUGUCAGACCCUGGUGAAAGAGGCAAUGGUCCACCCCCUCGAAGUGGAGCCGGGUCGCUUCCUCCCGCGGACCGAGCAGAGCCUGGCUCCUCCCCCUGCUCCCCAGGCCGCCUCCCACUCGGGGCUGGCACGGAUCUCCCUGGCCAUCUCGGUUGGACCCGCCCCGGUUCAUCCCUGCACCGUCACGCGCUCCGCCCUGAUGCCCCGCCCCCCCACCCUGGAGGACGGCAUGAGGGGGCGUGAGGGGUGGAGGGAGCGCAGCGGCGGGAGAGACAAAUGGGGGGUCACCAAGGAGAGGGUCAGAGGGAGGCUGUCGCAGCAGAAGGAGCGGAAGGCGACACAGAUGCUCGCUAUUGUGCUCGGCGUGUUCAUCAUCUGCUGGCUGCCGUUCUUCCUCACCCACGUGCUGAAGGCCCACUGCAGGAGCUGCUGCAUCUCGCCCUCGCUGUACAGCGCUGUCACCUGGCUGGGGUACCUCAACAGCGCCGUCAACCCCGUCAUCUACACCACGUUCAACAUCGAGUUUCGCAAAGCCUUCAUCAAGAUCCUGCACUGCUGAGAGGCCGGGGAGGACGGGGAGGACGGGAAGCGCUUUGCUGUCGGGACUCUGAAAGGAGCGCGACGUUGAUUUGCGAUCAGAGGUGAGAGGAAAAAACAAGUAGUGUUUAGUUUUGAGAUGCACGAGGAGGAAGGGAGGGGGGGGGAUACAUAUUUAAAGUGGUACAAGCUUCAUGGGAAAUAAAAAGACGAGCGGCUCAGAGAAGACCGAAAACAGAACAUGGACUUCAGACAGAAUGAAAAACAAGACAAUAGACAAUGUUAAAAAUAGUGUGACAAGGCUGGAAGUGUUUACUGGGAGGAAGACGCGCACUGUGUUGUGUAAAUACGGGCUGCAAGCGGAACAUGUGAGGACUCCUUCAAAUAAUCGGUGUCAGACUUGAGCUUUUGUGUUUUCUUGUCAUCCCGAACACACGGCAUCUCGUUAUGUGUUCGCAUGCGCUCGGCGUUCUCGGAGGGCUGAAGCGACCAGGAGUCCCGCGUAAACUCUCUCAAUCGUUAUUCACACUCUUUGAGGACAUGCUGGAGUUGCAUCAUGGCAGAAUAUCAAUGUGGUGACUGAGACGGUGAAGAAAAUAAAUAUGUUAAUGUUUUGCUUUGUAAAAAUGUGAAAUUGUGGGCUUAUAUUGUUGUAAAACCAAACGUCAUUUGUUUAGAAGGGCAGGCGUUGUACAAACCAUUCUAAUAAACAUUUUCUUUCAUUGCUUAAUUUUUGACAUUUAUUCGCCCUGAAGUUUUUUUCUUUUUCUUCAGAUUCUGAGUAUACGUUUUAUAUUAUUGUAUAUUAAACUACAAUAUACAAUUUAUUGUAAUAAAAUAGGUAGAAUAUAAUAACUAAAGAUAUCUAUAGAGUACAAGUAAACUACAUCAUCUCUUUUUUUCCAUCAAACUUCCAUCACUUGUUUUUGUUUUUGUUUUUGCCGAACUAUGCUUGGAUAUUUCUUUUCCUACAAACUAUGGUGUAUUUUCCUUUCAGACGGGUAGCGAGCCUCAUUCACUGACUGGGAGAACUUAUCCAGAUACGGCAGGUAUUUCGAGCACUCAGUAUUCAGAUAGAGCUCUUAAGCACACUGAGGAUUUUGGAUGUAUCUUGUUUUAUUCAAAGCCUCCAUCCCCGCUAUCAAUAUUAUCAACAAUCCUGCCAUGGGCUUUCCCCUUGAUCUGUAAAAGAAUCUCCACCGGGACAUUAUGUAUCGUGUACUUGACCAGUUUCCUGUUAUCUCACUAAGCUUACUGCUGGACCCAUAAGCCUUAUAUUAUUCUGUGCACAUCUAUGUAUAUUUAUGAGUGUAUGAUGGAGCCCUCGUGGUUGCACUGAAGCAUAUUUAAAAAAAACUUUUCAUAUCAUCAUUCACUGCUGUCUACUCUCAAAAUGUGUUUGAUGUUUAAAAGAUUAUUUAACUGGAUGUAUAGUAUGACACGGACUAUUGCUGUUAACAUUAAUUUAUUGUUUGUGAUCAAAACUAAUACCUGUAAAUGAAUAGUUUUACAAUUGUGGAAAUGUGCUCAUUCAUAUUCCUGCCAAGAAUGAAAUAAGAAAAUCGUUACCGCCGUUAUAAUAUACGUGAAGCUGCAGGGGGAAACGGCGUCGCUGCUUCAUUUAGGGACUGUAGAGAAUCAAGCAUUCAUUUUAAUUUAAAGUUUAUGCUGCUGCA